AUGACCAUCGGCGUCAUGGGUGAUGGUCAGAACAAGAGUGUGCAUCCCUUCUUCAAAAAGCCCCAAGUGCCUGCUCCCCAAUCCUUACCCGAGAUUGCGCACUCAAUUCUACCUGGAGAUACCUCACCUGGAGCCGAUCCUUCCACGUCACAACCCGAAGCCUCACUGGUGUCCGAGACAGGCAAUGGCAGGAAGACUCGCCCCAGAAAGGCCAAGGAGAAGCCGGAGCCUGCAUCGAACCUCGAGUCCAUCGAGGCUACGACAUCUACACGCCGCAAGAGACGCAAGCUGAGCCUUCCCGAUCAUGUCGCUAUCUCUGAUCGAGGCUCCGAAGACAUGGUGCCUCAGCCUUCAAGCCCGACUUCACUCCCAUCAUCACAUCCUGCCAACAGUCAGUCCGACGACACAUGCCACAACACGAGUCAGCAGCUUGAAUCGAAUCCUAGCCAUCAGAGCACCCCAAAGAGCACGACGCCGAGGAAGAUGUUGAAACUGAGCACUGGUGGUACUCUGGUCUCUCCUUCCGCUAAGCCGUUACCAGCCAAAGAAGAUGUUCCAACCAAAAAGUCAUCAAAACGUGGAAGACCGAAGAAAGAGAAGCAAACGCUUGUCGUGGCAUUAAAAUACUCCUCUGACGAGGAUCUGGGACAACGCAUAGCGCGUAUCCUUGAUGGCUCUGAGACCUUCUGUCUUCCGAAGCCUGUUUCAAUGGCCCCACCACCCAAGCCAAAGGCCCCCAAACCGGAUCCUUCGAAACCAACACAUCCAUUCUUUUCUGGGAAGCCGAAAGACACCCCCCAACCUCCUGCUGCUUCCCUGAAAAAAUUCCUAGAUCCAAAGGUCAGUCAUAUACUUAGCCCGCGGAGGCCUUCGGCUGUGACCCCUGGCAAGUUGCGAGCACAAGCACGAGAAAAUGGCUCAAGGACGGUGAGCGAAUCGGCAAGCUUCCCGCAGUUCGGUUCGAACAGAGAUCGUAACGUUAUCAAACAACCAGGUAUGGUCGAAGCACCCUUUCCAUCAAAAGGCAAUGCUCACGUACGGGGUGAGUUUUAUUACCACCCAGGCCGGUUUCAACGAGACAUGUCAGUCCCUGUGCCUCGUUCGACUCGCAAAAUGAAGUACAAAAUACCCCUCCUGGACCCAUCUGAGAGUGCGCUUACUCAUGUGGAACGCGGUCUUGAUUUCCAUCAAAAGGACACACCAAGACCAGAUGGGUUUCACAAUCCUCCUGCUUCGCUACGCGUUCCCACACGCCAUCUCGUUCCUGGUUCUCGGGCUCAGAAGUGGAUAAGCAACGAGCUUCACGCUCAACCUCUAGUGGAUGAGCUCGAAUCAAUAUCGGGAUCUCAUCACCAUCAUUCACAUCCAGCUUGCGAGGAUCUCUUUCAUGGGAUGUCAGAUAACCUCACACCUUUCGAUCAAGGACGAUCAGAAGUGCAAGCCUGGGCUCAGAAAUACUCACCUCGGCUUGCGGCCCAGGUUUUGCAACUUGGAAAAGAAGCUACAUAUCUAAGGGACUGGAUGAAGGCUUUGACAAUCAGUGCAGUCGAAACAGUCGGCUCUCAUGUCCCCAAGCACGACAAGGCGGACCGUGAACGAGGACCGAAGAAAAAACGCCGUAAGAAGGCUGCAGAGUUGGAUGAUUUCAUUGUUAACGACGAUGACUUCUACAAUGACGCAGAAGAACUCGUUGAGUUGAAUCGCACCUUGCCUUUGAGAGUAGGCCAGAAGCCAUCUCUUGUGCGUGACAUCGACUUCGGCAACCAGUCCAAUCGCUCACAAAUCAUGAAUUCGGUCAUUUUGAGUGGGCCUUCCGGCAGCGGAAAGACUGCCAUGGUUCAUGCUGCCGCAAAGGAGUUGGGUUUCGAGAUAUUCGAGAUCAACCCGGGUUCACGCAGAAGUGGUAAAGACGUGCUCGACAAGAUUGGGGACAUGGUAGAGAACCAUCUCGUGCAGAAUAUUUCUGGUGACACCGGCAACACAUCCGCUGAUGAAGAUGCUGGACGACUUUCAGAUGCUUUUAACAAAGACCUCGAAUCAGGUCGCCAAGGUACCAUGAAAUCAUUCUUUACGUCGAAACCAAAAUCAGUUUCACAACCCAAGAAGCAAGAAAAGAAACCGAAACUGAGCGUCGAUCAGGUUCAGAAGGUGUUGUCAUCUUCGAAGCCAUCACGAGGACAAAAGCAGUCCCUCAUAUUACUUGAAGAAGUCGACAUCAUGUUUGAGGAAGACAAGAACUUCUGGUCCACCAUCUUUACCUUGCUUCAAAACUCGAAGCGACCGAUCAUUAUGACCUGCAAUGAUGAGGACCUUGUACCCCUCCAAGCUAUCACAUGUCAAGGAAUUUUACGUUUGUCAGCUACGCCUGCAGAGAUUGCUGUAGAUUACAUGCUCUUGUUGGCAGCUCGAGAGGGUCAUUUACUGUACCGUGACGCGGUAUCGACGCUCUAUGAUGCCAAAAGUCAUGAUCUACGUGCAAGUAUUGCCGAAUUGCAGCUAUGGUGUCAGAUGGGAGUUGGGGAUCCUCGCGGAGGACUGAGUUGGAUUUUCCCAAGAUGGCCAACUGGAACAGGACUCGACGAAUACGGUCAACCCAUCAGAGUCUUCAGCGAGAACACAUAUCAAGCAGGUAUGGGAUUUGUGGCUCAUGAAACAGAUUUUUCUCUACAAGACACCCAGGGCGAUGAACUGCUCAAGGAGAUGUGGGAAGGCUGGGAGAUUGAUCCACGCGAACAGCUGUUUUCAGAUAUCACAAGCGACCAGCUUUCUUCACAGGAUCCGCAAUUACGCAUGGCCGCACUCAAAGAAUACUCAAGCAUAUCUGACAGUCUCGGGGAUAUGGACGUGUUCUGCCGUGUCGGUCUUCCUGGCAUGCAAGAUGUUCAAAUAGAUGCGACGCAGCCUGAACUGCCUCAAAAGACACGCCUGAGCUACAUCCAUGGCAUGGCACUACUUCAGACUCCCGAGGUCCUCGACUACAGCACUAUCGAUACUCAGCUUGCGGUGUCCGGCUCUCGUCUCAUCCGUAAAGUUUUCUCGAAUCAUCUACACCCUUCACCUACGAGCCUCAUAAACCAGGUGAUCGAGUCAAAAUCGCCAAGCUGCACGUCACGCCGGCUCACUCGUGCAGACAUCUCGUCAGCGUUCGACACAGUUGCUACCAUGAUCACUACUCCGACAAGCGGUCCGCCAAGUCUUGCUUACUCCGUGUUCGAUGGUCCCCUCAAUACUGUGGUCACUGAUGUAGCCCCCUACGUGCGAAGCAUUGCAGCCUACGACCUCGCCCUCGAAACACAUCGUGGGAAGCUACAGGGUAGUAGUCAAGGUUCGGCAAGUGGCGCUGGAAGCAAACGUGCUCGGACAACCCGAGCUGCUCGCAGCGCUCUUGAAGGUGGAAAACGACAGCUGACCCGCCGAGAACGGUGGUUUGACCCCAACUUCGAUCUUGGUCUCGCUUUGCAAACAGCUGGCGACUGGCCUCGCGUCGAGGCCGCUCUUGCAGAGACUCGACUGCACAGUCCUGAUCUCGAUAUUCAUAUGCAAAUGGAGUAA